AUGCUUGAAUCAGCUAUUUACUACAAACAAGCUUUUCAAGGUUAUGCAUUAAGAGAUUCCAAUUUUGUAUGGUCCCCCACAAUUGAUGAAUGGACUCGAGCCGAAAAAGUUUCCAAGCUACUUGAAGUUUUCUUAAAAGCUACUGAUUUGUUUUCGGGCACAUCAUAUCCAACUUCAAACUUGUUUCUUACUGAAAUUUUUAAAGUGAAAAAAGAGAUAAGCAAUGCUUUUAUAUCGGAUGAUUCUUUCUUAAAGGACAUGAGUCGACCAAUGUAUGAAAAGUUUGAAAAAUAUUGGGGGGAAAUUGGGGUGCUUAUGUCUAUUGCAUCUAUUUUAGAUCCCCGUUUUAAGAUGAUGUCCGUUGAAUGGACUUUUGAGAGGUUGUAUCUAGGGAAUGAAUGUGCGAUCCGGGUUCAAGAUGUGAAAAGUAAGUUAAGAUCUCUUUUUGAAAAGUAUCGUAACGUGUUUAUGGCAUCUAAGGCUGCUACAAAUGGCUCAACGACCUCAACACCUUCUAACGAGCCAACUACAGAUGGAUAUGAUUUUAUGGCUUACCUCAGAUCCAGGCCCGUUGUUACUGAACAAAAAACUGAACUUGAGGUGUACUUGGAUGAGCCUAACCAUACAUGUGUAGAGCCAAACUUUGAUGUGUUGAAAUGGUGGAGUCAACAUUGUAGCAAAUUUCCCGUUUUAACUAAAUUGGCUAAAGACAUUUUUUGCAUUCCGAUUACAACUGUUGCUUCUGAAUCAGCCUUUAGUGCGGGGGGACGUAUCUUAGAUGACUAUCGAAGCUCUCUUUCAAAGGAUAUGGUAGAACUUCUUGUUUGUGGGGGUGAUUGGUUAAGGGCGGUCUCAAAAACAACCAUAAAAACACUGGAACAAUCUGCAAAAGAAGAAGAAAAACUGGAAAUUGAUAUGUUGGUUCCUACCGAGUGUGUAGUUCUAGACGUGGAGAUGGAGGUGGUUGUAGUCUCUUUUGGCCUUCCCAACCUUGGAGUUUCGUGGAUGUGGUAA